CACACUGCCGCGCCAGCCCCCGCGAAGCCCAUCUUGCGGCGCCCUGCCAUCGGGAGGUAUCACUUCCGGUUGCGGCCUAGACGGUUGGAAACCGUUGUUUGCGGAGGGGGGGUAGCGCGCGUGUGCCUGAGUUGUCGCCGUGGCGGUCGUCAUGGCAGCGGCCGCGGGGCCCGGAGGGGGCGAUACCACCGUCGCCGCCGGGAACGACGACGGUAGCGGGGCGGAAGGGGGAAGCGGGAGCCCCCCCGGCUCGGACCCACGACGCCUGGGGCCGGGGGGGCGAGAAGAAGAGGAGGCGGCGCCGGGGCCAGGCAGCGUGGGGGUCCCGGUUGGCCAAAGCCACGCGCCCUCGUCGUCGCCGCCCCCCCGGGAGGCCGAAGUGACCGUGGAGAUCGGCGAGACUUACCUGUGUCGGCGCGUGGACGGGACCUGGCAUUCUGCUGAAGUGAUCCAGUCUCGGAUCAAUGAACAAGAAGCCAGAGAGGAAUUUUACGUGCACUAUGUUGGCUUCAACCGGCGUCUGGAUGAGUGGGUUGACAAGAACCGUUUGGCCCUCACAAAAACUGUCAAAGAUGCGGUGCAAAAGAACACUGACCAGUACAUGAAUGAGCUAUCUGAACAGCCAGAACGCAAGAUCACCCGCAAUCAGAAGCGAAAACAUGACGAGAUCAACCAUGUGCAGAAGACUUAUGCUGAGAUGGAUCCCACCACAGCAGCUUUGGAGAAGGAGCACGAAGCAAUCACCAAGGUGAAAUACGUGGACAAGAUCCAUAUUGGGAACUAUGAAAUUGACGCUUGGUAUUUCUCACCUUUCCCAGAGGAUUACGGGAAGCAACCCAAGCUGUGGAUCUGCGAGUACUGCCUCAAGUACAUGAAGUUUGAGAAGACCUACCGCUAUCACCUUGGCCAGUGCCAGUGGAGGCAACCACCAGGGAAGGAGAUCUACCGCAAGAACAACAUCUCUGUGUAUGAGGUGGAUGGCAAAGAUCACAAGAUUUACUGCCAGAAUCUGUGUCUCUUGGCCAAGCUCUUCCUGGAUCACAAGACCCUCUAUUUUGACGUGGAACCCUUUGUUUUCUACAUCCUUACUGAGGUUGAUCGGCAGGGGGCCCAUAUCGUCGGCUACUUCUCCAAGGAGAAGGAAUCGCCAGAUGGUAACAAUGUGGCCUGCAUCCUCACCUUGCCCCCAUACCAGAGGAGAGGUUACGGGAAGUUCCUCAUUGCUUUCAGCUAUGAGCUCUCCAAGCUGGAAAGCACCGUGGGUUCCCCAGAGAAGCCUCUCUCAGACCUAGGCAAGCUGAGCUAUCGGAGCUACUGGUCAUGGGUGCUGCUGGAGAUCCUCCGGGAUUUCCGGGGCACUCUUUCCAUCAAAGAUCUCAGCCAGAUGACGAGCAUCACGCAAAAUGACAUCAUCAGUACGCUGCAGUCGCUGAAUAUGGUCAAGUACUGGAAGGGACAGCAUGUUAUCUGUGUCACCCCCAAGCUGGUUGAAGAGCACCUCAAAAGUGCCCAAUAUAAGAAGCCUCCCAUCACAGUGGAUUCCCUCUGCCUGAGAUGGGCACCUCCCAAACACAAACAAGCCAAGAUUUCCAAGAAGUGAGGGAGCAAGAGACAAGAAGAAUGGGAGAAGCUCCCCCUCGGUUCACGUCCACCUUUCAUUUUAAGAGAUGGUCGAAGGCCAGACAUUUUGUGUUGGACUUGCAUUGAUUGGAUGUGCUUUGAGCAGAUGGAUUGGAGGAAAUAGCGGGGAGGGAGGGUGAGUUCUCCACGGCUGCAGCACCUCCUCUCGAGGACUGUUGCUCAUUGGCUCUUUCAGGGGAACGUGCUGCCACUCCUCCCCAUCACACUUCAGCCUGUAAGGCCCCCUUCUCCUCCCCCCCCCAGAAUGUUAUGGUUGGGAUCCACCCUCUGAAGCAGCAGGGGGAAGGAAUGCUGCCCCUCUUUUAAUCUCUCACUCCAUUUAGGCUGCCUCUGCGUACUGUGGCAGGCAGGUUAUAGAGAGGGAAGGGUGCUGGGAAGCCGUCCGCAGAAAACGGGUGGGUGGCGGCCCCAGUGUUUGAGGGGCUCGUAAGACCCUGCAGGUGGAAGAACCGUGUCCCCCAACCCGUCAGUUUCAGAGAGCUGAAAUGGCUGGUGGCUUCUUCUGCUCUGUGCAUGUCGUGCUGUCAUCCUCUCCCCCCCCCCCUUCCCAGCAGAUGGAUGCUAAAGGGGCAGAAGCCGUUAAAGUUCUGGCUCCUGGUCCCUUCCCUGCAUCAUCCGCCUCUGGCCGCUUUGGGAAAAGAGGAUGGGGGCAGUUACCACGGACAGUUCCUUGCUCUUGAGUUUAAGGUCGAGCCAGAGGGGAGCCGGACUCUGGAGGGACUGCAGCUCCCCUCCCCUUCAGUAGCUGCCCAAGCUGCGUUUAAGGCUCUGCCAGGAAUGGCGGGUUUCUAAGCAAGCUGCGAGCUGCCCCACCCUUGGAGAGUGUCCACUUUGAACUGAAGAGACCUUCUGUCACGGAGGGGACAUUUGGGGGGUGAGACUUCGAAGGCAGGUGCUUCGUGCUAAGUUUUCCUUUUGAACAGGGUGUACCGUGACAUGGUUCUCUUUCUCUGCCCCCUCCCUCCAUUGGCGGAAUCUGUUUCUGUUGGUGCUCCGUGAGAGGGGAGAGGCCAGCAGGUCCCCUGGCCCCCGUCAGGGGAAGAGGAAGGAGGCUGCCUCUCAUCUUCCUGCAGCCACCUCCUUGCAUACCUGGUACCUGCUGGCAGGGCUGAGGCCUGCACCAGAUGUGAGAGGAAGACAUAGCCACAUAGUCGUUUGGCUACAGCUAGUAGGCUCACGCUCCAUGUACACAGUGUGUUUUCUGUUACCUUGAGAAAUAUUUUAAUUAAAAAAAA